AUGUCUUCCCUGCCUCUACCUCUUCCCGUUGCUCUCCCGGCCUUGGCUGCGGUGGCAGCUUACAUCAAUGGGAAGGCCCUUGUCUCGUACGAUGUUGCACUCCUGGGAUCCCUCCUCCCGACUCUCGCCAAAGUGGCGUGGUGGACCAACCGAGGGCGACUCAACUUCUUUUACCGCCUCGAGGACCUGGCCACUUCCAAAUCCUCUGCAAACCGCGUCUUUAUACGCUUCGAGGACAAGACCUACACCUACGCACAGGGGUACGACACGGUGCUGCGUUAUGCGACCUGGCUGAAGGAGCGACGAGGAAUCAAGAAAGGGGAUAUGGUGGCGCUGGACUUCCAAAACACCGACACCCUUCUUUUUCUCCUCUUUGCGACCUGGGCGCUGGGUGCCGUGCCGGCGCUCAUCAACUACAACUUGACCGGCAAACCCCUGGCGCAUUGCGUGAAGAAGGCGACAGCCCGCCUCGUCCUCAUUGAUCCCGUAGUUGCCGGGAAUGUCGGGGAGGACGUGCGCUCAGAGCUGGACCAAGUCACGUUCGAGGUUGUCACACCAGAACUCGAGACCCAGAUGCUGUCACAUGAGCCCACCCGGCCUCCCGAUGACUUGCGGGCCGAUGCCACCGGUGAUAGCAUGGGCAUCCUCAUCUUUACAAGCGGGACCACCGGGUUGCCCAAAGCGGCGAUCGUGUCGUGGUCCAAGAUCACGGUAGUUGGCGGCUUCACAUCCCGCUGGAUCGGGACGGGCAAGAACGACGUGUUCUACACCGCGAUGCCGCUGUACCACAGCACGGCGAUGCUUCUCGGCUUUGCACACACCGUCUCAGUCGGCGGCACCUUCGCCAUGAGUCGCAAAUUCUCGACCAGCGGGUUCUGGGACGACGUGCGCAAGCACCGUGCCAACAUCAUCCAAUACGUCGGCGAAACGUGCCGCUACCUCCUCUCCGCACCACCACGCAUCGACCCCGCUACGGGCGCCAACCUCGACCGCCAGCACCACGUCCGCGUCGCCUUCGGCAACGGCCUCCGCCCCGACGUAUGGAACCAGUUCAAGCAGCGCUUCGGCAUUGACACCAUCGCCGAGUUCUACGGCGCCACCGAGGGCAGCUUCGCGACCUGGAACCUCAGCCGCAACGACUACAGCAUGGGCGCCAUCGGGCGCAGCGGCUCCCUCUACAACCUCAUCCUCGGCCGCUCGGUCGCGCUCGCCGCCGUCGACCACGAGACGGAGCUGCCCUUCCGCGACCCGCGCACGGGGCUCUGCCGGCGUGCGCCCGACGGCGAGCCCGGCGAGCUGCUGUUCCGGCUGCCGCCGGCGGAUGUGGAGUCGCGCUUCCAGGGGUACUACGGCGAUCGCGAGGCGACGGGCAAGAAGAUCAUGCGGGACGUGUUUGCGCGCGGCGAUGCCUGGUUCCGCACGGGCGAUGUCGUCCGCUGGGAUGCGGAGGGUCGCGUGUUCUUUAAUGAUCGCAUUGGCGAUACCUUCCGCUGGAAGAGCGAGAACGUCUCCACGGCUGAGGUCGCGCUGGUGGUGGGCACGCACCCGGCGGUGCUUGAGGCCAAUGUGUAUGGUGUUGAGCUGCCCCACCACGAGGGCCGUGCUGGUUGCGCGGCGGUUGCGUUCCGGCCGGUGGAUGGGGACGGAGAUGGUGGUGCGGCGGCCGGGCCGAGUGAGAAGACGCUCAAGACGCUGGCGGCGCACGUGCGCGCCGGGUUGCCCAAGUAUGCGCUGCCGUUGUUCGUGCGGGUGGUGAAGGGCGAGGGUGCGCAGUCGACGGGGACGAACAAGCAGCAGAAGACGGGGUUGCGGAGUGAGGGCGUCGAUCCGGCCAAGACGGGGUCGGACGAUGUGUUUUGGUUGAGGGGGGAUUCCUAUGUGAAGUUUGGGCCUGCUGACUGGAAGGCCCUGCAAGGCGGGAAGGUCAAGCUCUGA